AUGUCUGUUGCAGGCUUUGCGGCAGGCGUCAUGCUGUGCCUUUCCAUCCUGGAUCUUGCGCCACCCGCUCUGCUCCGUCAUGGCUCCCCUGUUCAAGGACUGAUUGCGAUUGCUUCGGGGUAUGCACUCGUUCUACUUCUAAAUUACGUUCUCGACUCGUUUGAUGCCGAGGAUCAACUCUUGUCGUUGGUUGCAAAGGGAGGCGAGGCUGGCAAUGAGCUGCCAGCGCGUGUCACAAACAGCUCGGGGCGGCCAACUCUGGAGCUGGGCAACGGAUGGCCCGCUGCCGCGCCCAGCCACACUGGUGCAUCGCAUUCCAGUGCUCAUGCAUCGCCAACGACUUUGCACGUUCCCUCAUCGAGUGACCAAGGACGCGCGCACGUCCUGCGGUCGGCCAUGCUCACAGCCUUGGCCUUGGCAGCUCACAACGCACCCGAGGGCUUGGCGGUGGGCAUUUCAGCCAUGAGCGAUGAAGGUCAUCGAGCCUUACUUGUGCUGGUGGCCAUUGCGCUGCACAACAUUCCCGAGGGCCUUGCUGUGGCUGUCGCAUUAUUGAAUGCCGCCGUGCCACCAUGGAUGGCCCUGCUGACGGCCACGGCCACAGGCUUGGUCGAGCCAAUCGCCGCGCUCAUCUCAGUUCUUUUUCUUCAAAAUCGCCUCUCUCCAUUCGUCUUGGACAUGUCUUUGGCCGUGGUUGCGGGCGUCAUGCUGACGGUCUGUGUGCAAGAGCUCCUGCCACAAGCAUGGCGCUCCAGUCCGCGCAGUUGCCUGACGGGCACGUUCACUGGAGCCAUCACCAUGGCCAUCAUCCUUCACCUCCUUGAGGAAGCCUGA